AUGCAGAAGAGACGGGAACCGAAUCGCUGGUGGAUUUUAUCCGUAAUGCUUCUUCUAACCUUGCCCGAACACGGCGACUGUCAUCCUGUUGCAUCAGAUGGCCAGCCUCACCAAGCCAGAGCAAGGGAUCAUGGGAGCGCAGGUCUAAUAAGAGAGAGGCGAGCAGCUGGAGACUCUUACUGGUCCUACUCAGGAAGCCAUGGACCACGAGGCUGGUCGACAUCAUACCCAGAAUGUGCCGCAAAAAAACAAUCCCCCGUUGACAUUAUAGAUGAACAAGCUUUGACAUCGGACGAGUAUCAGGAGUUGGAACUUGACAAAUUCAACAAGGAGUCCUCCAACCAGACCACCAUGAAAAACACAGGAAAAACAGUUGCUGUUCUCCUGAAGGAUGACUACUUUGUGCGAGGUGCUGGACUGCCAGGGCGCUUUAAGGCCGAGAAGAUCGAAUUUCACUGGGGCCAGAGUAAUGCAUCAGCAGGCUCAGAGCACAGCAUCAACGGCAGACGGUUUCCCGUCGAGAUGCAGAUCUACCUUUACAAUUCGGAUGACUUUGACAGCCUCAGCGCGGCCAUCAAGGAGAGACGCAUCAUUGCCGCCAUGUCGGUCUUCUUUGAGCUCGGGCAAAGAGAUAAUCCAGCUGUAGAACCCAUCAUCCAAGGGUUGAAAGGAGUGGUACAUCAUGAAAAGGAGACCAACCUCAGGUCAUUCAUCCUGAGGGACCUGCUGCCAUCAUCAGUGGAUAGCUAUUACCGAUACACUGGCUCUCUGACCAUGCCGCCCUGCAGCAAGGUGGUGGAGUGGAUCAUCUUUUCCAGGCCUGUUUAUCUGUCCUACUCACAGCUAGAGGCCUUCUACUCCAUAUUUACGACAGAGCAACAGGACCACGUCAAGUCCGUGGAGUAUCUGAGGAACAACUUCCGUCCCCUGCAGGACCUUGAUAAUAGGAAAGUGUUCAAGUCUGCAGUGACGGAUGCCUGGCAGAAAGACUUGACUGACAUUCAUGGGAAUAGCCACAGCACUGAGGCAUCAAGAGUGUGCAGCAGUGCCCCAGUAAGCAUGAAGAUCCAACCGCUGAAUCAGACAGCCCUGAUGGUGAGCUGGGAACGCCCCUUGACUGUGUACCAUCCGCCCAUCACCAGCUACAUGGUGUCCUACAGCUGGGUGAAGCGUGACGUUGCUGAUGAGGAAACCUUUACCAAGACGGGAGAUCAAAGCAUGAAAGCUGUCAUCACUAAUGUGUCUCCAGAUGUCCUCUACCUGUUCAGAGUUCAGGCGGUAUGUCAGCAUGACCUGCGCAGCGACUUCAGCCAAACGCUCCUCUUUAGAGCCAAUACCACAAGAAUAUUUGAAGGUUCUCGUAUUGUGAAGACUGGGAUGCCUACAGUAUCUCCAGUCUCAUCAGCUGACAUGGCUCCCAUAAGCUCUGGUUCCUCCACAUGGACAUCCUCUGGCAUUCACUUCUCUAUUGUUUCCAUGGCAACGGGACUCGGCCCCUCCUCAAGUGGCAGCCAGGCAACGGUGGCAUCGGUGGUCACGAGCACCUUCUUGGCGGGUCUAGGUGUCAGCGGGGGAGUUAUCUCCUCUUUGCCCAGUUCUGUUUGGCCCACACAGGUUCCUCGAGCCACCCAGAGCCCACCUCACUCAUCUACCCCGCCCGCAAAGCUUAGCACGGAACAAGUGCCACCACAGGCUGUGGAGACUGACUCUCCUGCAGAGGACAACCAGGCUACGGCUAAAGGCGAGGAAGAGGAAGAUGAGGAGGGGGACGGAGAGGGAGAGCAGGAGGACAGGGGUGCAGAGAAGAAGAAAAAGAGCAAGACAGAACCCACUCAUGAGGAAACAAAAGCCAACAGCAGCACGGCCAAAGAGCCUGUCCACCCCACCCCUCCGUCCACAGCCAAAGAGAAAGUCACAAUCCAAGGUGGCACAGUCCCUGCAAGCACGGUACACAGCCACCUGACCCCUCCGCAGGAAAACCUCACAGACAUCAAUGCAGUCACCACUCAGGAGCCACGCAACGACAGCACGGUGAUGCAGAUUCCACAGAGUUCCACACUAUCACCAAAGAUCAGCAGUGAUGGAAAGAGUCUUUGGCCAUUCUCUAUCCAUACUGAAAAGACCACAUUGCCCAACGUGACACGAACACCUCACCCCAGCAUGGGCAGGAUGGUGUGGAUUGUCCCCUUGGUGGUGGUGUCUGCCCUGACACUGCUCUGCCUCAUCAUGCUGCUCAUCGUAAUGGUCUACUGGAGGAGGUUUUUCCAGACAGCUCACUUCUAUAUUGAUGAAAGCAGCUCUCCCCGGGUGGUGGCCAAUGAAAGCAUCCCCUUUAUCCCGAUACCAGAUGAUAUGGAGGCCAUUCCUGUCAAGCAGUUUGUCAAACACAUCAUGGAACUCUACAAGAACAACCUACAAGGCUUUUCUGAAGAGUUUGAGGAGGUCCAACGCUCCACAGCAGACCUGAAAAUCACAGCGGAACACUCCAAUCAUCCUGACAACAAGCACAAAAACAGAUACAUCAACAUUGUGGCUUAUGACCAUAGCCGAGUGAAAUUACGAGCACUGGCUGGGAAAGACGCGAAACAUUCAGAUUAUAUCAAUGCCAACUAUGUGGACGGCUACAACCGACCUAGAGCCUAUAUAGCUGCUCAGGGUCCACUUAAGUCUACCUUUGAAGACUUCUGGAGGAUGGUGUGGGAGCAGAACACUGGAAUCAUUGUCAUGAUAACAAACCUUGUGGAGAAGGGACGGAGGAAAUGUGACCAGUAUUGGCCUACAGAGAACAGCGAGCAGUAUGGCAACAUUGUUGUUACGCUGAAAUGUACCAAAGUGCACGCCUGCUACACUCUGAGGCGAUUCCUCAUACGGAACACAAAAGUUAAAAAGGGUCAAAAGGGGAAUCCAAAGGGGAAGCUAAAUGAGCGCAUUGUAAUCCAAUACCACUACACUCAAUGGCCUGACAUGGGCGUGCCCGAGUACACUCUCCCUGUCCUCACCUUCAUUAACCGCUCAUCAGCGGCCCGCACUGCAGACAUGGGCCCAGUCCUGGUGCACUGCAGUGCAGGGGUUGGGCGCACAGGAACGUACAUUGUCAUUGACAGCAUGCUGCAACAAAUCAAGGACAAAAGCACAGUCAGCAUCCUGGACUUUCUCAAACAUAUCCGCACACAGCGCAACUACCUGGUCCAGACUGAGGAGCAGUAUGUGUUCAUCCACGAUGCUCUGAUGGAGGCAAUUUUCAGCAGAGAGACAGAAGUGCCUGCCUGGCAGCUGCACGGCUACGUCAACAGCAUUCUCACCCCCAAUUCGGCUGGUCGUACUCGUCUGGAGAAACAGUUCAGGCUGCUGACUCAAUGCAACACUCGAUUUGUGGAGUGUUUCAGUGCUCACAAAGACUGCAACAAGGAGAAGAACCGCAACUCCUCUGUUGUUCCAUCCGAGCGAGCGAGGGUGGGACUCACUACUCUGCCCGGAAUGAAAGGAACAGAUUACAUUAAUGCGUCCUACAUAAUGGGUUACUACAGGAGUAAUGAGUUCAUCAUUACUCAGCAUCCUUUGCCCCACACCACCACUGACUUUUGGAGGAUGAUUUGGGACCAUAAUGCACAAAUUAUUGUCAUGUUGCCUGACAACCAGGGCCUGGCUGAGGAUGAGUUUGUUUACUGGCCAAGUCGUGAAGAGGCCAUGAAUUGCAUUGCCUUCACCGUCACACUCAUCAGUAAGGACAGACUGUGCCUCUCCAAUGAGGAACAGAUCAUCAUCCACGACUUCAUCCUGGAAGCCACGCAGGAUGACUACGUUCUUGAGGUGAGGCACUUCCAGUGCCCCAAGUGGCCCAACCCCGACGCCCCUCUCAGCAGCGCCUUCGAGCUCAUCAGGGUCAUCAAGGAGGAGGCCAUGACGCGAGAUGGCCCCACAAUUGUGCACGACGAGUAUGGUGCGGUGUCAGCGGGGAUGCUGUGCGCUCUUACCACUCUCUCACAGCAACUGGACAACGAAGGCGUCGUCGACAUCUAUCAGGUGGCCAAGAUGAUCAACCUCAUGAGGCCUGGGGUCUUUACCGAUAUUGAUCAGUACCAGUACCUUUACAAAGCCAUGUUGAGCCUGGCGGCUAGCGGAGAGUGCGGUCUCACUCACACGGACACUAACGGGGUGGCGACGAUGGCGGACAAGUGCGACCCGGCCGAGAGUAUGGAGUCGCUGGUUUGA